AUGGCGAGAGAGAGGAUAUUCAAGAAAGCCAAGGAAGACAUGAUGAGUAAAUUACCUGAUGAAAUUUUGGUAUCAAUUAUGAGAUGUUUGCCAACAAAACAAGCAGCAAGAACUAGCGUGGUUUGUCAGCGAUGGCAUAAGAUUUGGAAGAUUACAAUUUCUAUUCAACCAAGGUUGAUUUUUAAUUUGGACAAAGGGUGGUCCUCUGCUCUAAGGAAGAAGUCGCUUAGGGAUGCGGCGAAGGAUUUGGCAAAGAAGAGGAUAAACGAAGUGAAUGCAGUGUUGAAAUUGCAUGAGGCACCAACACUGGACGAGUACUCAUUGAUUGCUUCCAAAUUGGAACCAAAGCAUCGUCAUCAUAUAAACACAUGGAUGGAUUUUGCUGCCAAAAAACAUGUCAAAAAGCUCACUUUGCAACUUCGUUCUAAAAUUGGUUACAAUGCUACUUUUCUUGCUGAUAAUUUUGGUUGUCUCAGGGAAUUGUAUAUUCAGGUAAUACUUGUGGGUGAAAACUCUAUCCACCGUUUGUUCUCCAACACUCCGUUCCUUGAACUUUUUUCACUUUUAAAUUCCUAUACAUUAUAUGAUUUUAAAAUUGUUUCUGCUCCCAAUCUCAAUUACUUGCAAAUAGAAGAUUGCUGUAGUCUGGAAAACCUCGAAAUCUCCUCAGCAAGCAAUCUUAAAAGAUUGAAAAUAAGAGGUGAUGUUGCUUUGCAAAGCGUUGACAUAUCUUCUGCUCCAAAUCUCUCCGAUCUAAUUCUUGGCAUAGAUGGUCCGAAUUUCAAGCUUGACCAUCAUCUGGCUUUACUUAAUCAAAUCAAAAGACUUACUCUGUACAUUGAUGUAGGUUACUAUUUAUUUUCUCCAUCUUAGUUUAUAUUUAUUUAUUUUUUGUUUUGGAAUUAUCAAUUUGUUUAUGUUUGUGUUAUUGUUUAAUUUGGUCAAUUGGGCCUUCUCUGCUAGAUUUUGUCUCGGUUUCCUCAAUGACCUAAAUUUAACAAGGUUGAGCAUUUGAAAUUGGAAACUCCUUCGGUUUUCCAUGUACCAUUUCACCGUUUGCUGUAUCUUGUAAAAGCGGCUCCUUUCUUGAAUACUUUCUUA